AUGAAGAGAGAUUGGCAAAGGAGCAACUCUAUAGAGCAAAGCCAGAUCUAAGAAUGGUAUGUUCAUAGUACUAUCCUAGAAUAAUCUUUCUAUUCAAAUACAUUGUUCAAAUUCUUAUUUUAUUUUCAGAUGAGAGAGAAGGAGACUGAUAUCAAUUGCUUAACAUCAUCUGGUCUUCCAAGACCACUUGGCUGCAUCUAGAGAUUACCCAAGCACAAUACCGCUGGAAUAAUUCCUGAUGAUGGAUUCAGAGAAUUAUUGACAACUAAACAAAAUGAUUUGAAGAAUCCUGUCGUCCACAGAGUUCAAGAGAGACCAGUUAUGAGAAUGAUCAACAAAUAUAAUAUUGCAGAGCUAUCACUUGUAGAUCGACCAAUAGGAGGAACUCAAUCAGGAUUUGGAGCUGUGAUUAAUAGAUACCCAGAGAAUCACGAUUAGAGACACUUCAACACAACAAUGGAAGACUUUAUGGGAAGACCACCCCCAAAGAGCAAAGAUGAGCAGAUCGAUCCAUCAAAGCAAGGAUAAGCUGGAGGUUAACAUAGACCAUUUGACUAGCAAUAAGUCAAGCUGAUAUCAAACUUGGUUGGUGAGGUCUACUCAAAAUCCUUCGAUCCUUAGGAGUAAACUGAUGUGCAAAGAGCUUGGCUUUACUCUGUAGAUCCAGGUGUCAAUGCAGUCAAUGUGGGUUAAGCUGGCAAAACUCAGAUUCAGCCAUAUGAUAAUGCAUUGAGUCUUCCUAUUGGUGAAGGAGUUUGGUCUAUUUAACCUAAAUCUGAUGAGGUUGGUUUCUAUAGAAAAAGAAGAACUGAUGUUACCAUUCAAAAGAAUGAUAUUAUUACAAGAAAAUGA